AUGGAGUUCAAGCCCAAGGCGACCGUCUGCGUAGCGCUGUUGAUGCUGCUCCUGCUUUCUUCCUACGACGGCGGCGGCACGGCGGAGGCGCGGGUGUGCACGGGGAAGAGCCAGCACCACUCGUUCCCGUGCGUCUCGGACAAGAUCUGCGCAGGUACCUGUACCAAGGAGGAGGGCAGCCACUGGACCGCCGGAUACUGCCACCGGAGAAUCUGCACCUGCCAGAAGAGGUGCUAG